GUCAGGCGCGCACUCGCUGUGAAGAGCUGCAGCGCACGCGCGCCUCUGCAGAACGCACAGCAGUCGCGUGCGCGUGUGGAGCAAAUGUCCUGUGCAUGUUUCAACUCCGGAUUAAUUUCAGACUUCUCUAAAUAAGUUUGGGAUGCUCUGAGCGCUCCUCAUCAUGUCUCACGUUGAAGUCGAGUUCGCUGGACGUGGUUAUCCUGGUUUACCUGUUGAGUUGGACGAGGACUGUCUCUCCAGAGUGCCAAAUAUGCUGCGGACGCACUCCCUGAACGCGAGGAGGAACUCAUACGUGCUCCAUAAACUCAGCGUGGAUAUUGACCCCCAGAUCUACAAUGAGACAAUCUCCAAAGCGCUGUCGUGGUCCACUGAAAACAUAUUAUUAUCAGAGAGAACAGUUGGUGAAAAUAAACCAGACUCUCCAUCUCCAGUCACCAGCCCGGAGUCUUCAACCCCCAGCGCCAGCUCAGCAGCUCCAGAGGACUGGACAAGCUCCGUCCAGACCCCUCUGUCCCCCGUCGCCCAGGAGCCCAGUUCAGACUCGGACAACGAGGGCCCCAAAGUUGAGAAUGUGGCUCCACGACGCCCAUUUGUAAGCAGACUGGAGCAGGAUGAGAAAGAGGACAUUGAGACCAAAGCCGUGGCCAUCUCACCGGAUGGAAGAUAUCUGAAGUUCAACAUUGAAAUUGGGAGAGGGUCGUUCAAGACGGUCUACAAGGGGCUGGACACUGAGACCACGGUGGAGGUGGCAUGGUGUGAGUUACAGACUCGCAAACUGACCAAAGUAGAGCGCCAGCGCUUCAGCGAAGAGGUUGAAAUGCUCAAGGGUCUUCAGCACCCCAACAUCGUGCGCUUUUACGACUCCUGGAAGUCCACUGUGAAAGGUCACAAGUGCAUCCUGCUGGUCACUGAGCUCAUGACCUCUGGCACCCUCAAAACGUAUCUAAAGCGUUUCAAAGAGAUGAAACCGAAGCUCCUACAGAGGUGGAGUCGUCAGAUCCUUAAAGGACUUCACUUCCUGCACACGCGGGCCCCUCCCAUCAUUCACAGGGACUUGAAAUGUGACAACAUCUUCAUCACGGGCCCCACAGGAAGUGUGAAGAUCGGGGACCUUGGACUGGCCACACUCAAGAGGGCAAGCUUUGCAAAGAGCGUCAUCGGAACCCCUGAGUUCAUGGCUCCAGAAAUGUAUGAGGAGAAGUACGACGAGGCAGUGGACGUCUAUGCAUUUGGCAUGUGCAUCUUAGAGAUGACCACGUCUGAAUAUCCAUACUCAGAGUGCCAAAACGCUGCGCAGAUUUACCGCAAAGUUACCAGCGGUAUAAAGCCCGACAGUUUCUACAAAGUUAAAGUUCCAGAGUUAAAGGAAAUCAUAGAAGGCUGUAUCCGCAUGAACAAAGAUGAAAGAUACACCAUCCAGGACCUGCUGGAGCACACGUUCUUCCAGGAGCACAACGGUGUUUACGUUGAAUUAGCUGAGGAAGAUGAUAAGGUCAAAUCCAGCCUGAAGCUUUGGCUUCGCAUGGACGGCACCAAGAAGCUCCACGGAAAGUACAAAGACAACAACGCCAUUGAGUUCCUGUUUGAGCUUUACAAAGACGUGCCAGAGGAAGUGGCACAGGAGAUGGUGGUUCUGGGGUUUGUAUGUGAGGCCGACUACAAGCUGGUCGCCAAGGCCAUGCGAGACCGUGUUACAGCCAUCAAACGUCAGCGAGAAAAACAUCGUCGUCUUGCAGAGGAGCAGCAGCGGAAGAAGAAGGAGGACGUUUUUGAGGAAGAGUCUGAGCUGCCAUCGCCCAGAUCCAACAUUCAGAUAUCUGAAAACCCCGCCCCUUCUCCUGUGCAGGUCCCGCCCACUCCUGUAAUCCUAGAACCCAUGUGCUCUCCCAUUACUGGCUCAUCGGAUUCUGGGAUUAAUGGCAGCUUCCCACCAGAACCAGAGGAACCAGAGGCCGAUCAACACUUCCACAUCCAGCAUACAAGCUGCUCCUCAGCAACCUCUGAUUGUGAGACUGAUGGAUAUCUCAGUCCCUCUGGCUUACAGGAUGUUACCCAAGCUUCAAAUGGCAGCAUCAGCUGCUCUCCAAUCCUCGUCCCCCAACAGGCCACGCCCACAGAGGCCACGCCCAUCUUCACUCCGCCAAUCCUGGCUCUCCGUUUCCCCUCAAGUAUUGCGGUGUCUACUAAAACCGAGAGAGGACCGCUUAGCCCUUUCUCCUCACCCGUGGACAGUUAUGCUUCAGAUGUGACCUCAGGCUUGAGCGAUGGCUAUGAUGGACUGUCAGACAGAGGGAGUAAGUUUGCUGGCAGACGGACAACAGUGAAACUGUUUAGGAGGAGAAUGCGGUCCCGUUUGCGCAUUACAGGGGUGUCUGAUAAAGUGGACCGGGUGGUUGAGUGUCAGCUACAGACCCAUAACGAUAAGAUGGUCACCUUCAAAUUCGACCUGGAUGGCGACAACCCUGAAGACAUUGCUGCAGUUAUGGUGCAUAAUGAGUUCAUCUUGCCCUCAGAAAAGGAAGGUUUCGUUCACCGCAUCGGUGACAUUAUUAAGCGAGCAGAGUCUAUGAUGAGGAAGGAUUCAUCGGGUCCCCAUGAAAGCUACGGAGUCGCCCGUCCCUCGUAUCUAAAUGCCAUGAACUCACUCUCUGGUUCUCAGCCAAACCUUCACAGUCUGGCACGAGCUCAUUCCUCUUCCUCACUUCCAGCAGAGUUUGGUCUGGGCACCGGGGCAAGAGCCUCUCCUCCGGGAGCCGCUGGAGACAUUACCUCAUCCACACGUCCACUCUUUCGUUCACAGUCUUUCCAUAAUGCCCCAGGUUCUCCUCAUCCUCAUCACGUCCCAUCAGCUUCAGUCUAUCCUCCUGAUCCCAGAAUGCCUCAUUCCAAACUACCUCACAUGCAGCAGUACAUGCCCUCAUACAUGAACCCCUCCACCCACUUCCCCUUCCCGUACCCGCCUCACCCAGCCUCCCCCAAACCCGCCCACGCUCCUCUAUCCCGCUUACACAGCAGUCCGUCAUACUCCCUCUCGUCCCCUUCAUCUGUCCCGGGCUCCCCGAGUCCCUUCAGCUCGGACGUCUCAAGUCCUGUUUCUGAUGUCAACCUGAUGUCUCCCUCUCCGACUCACACACCGGCCAUGUGGCCUCCUCACACUCAACCUCUGUUUUCUCUGGCAAAUAUGCUGUCUAUGGCCAUGAGCAUGGCUCAUUCGUUCAUGCCCACGCCGAGUCUGGCACAGGCCAUGCCGGGGUUCCAGCCCGGUUAUCCCGCGAUGUAUGCACCCCAGUAUCCUCCAUCUGUCCCGGCGGAGGUGGCGUACAACCAAGGGAUGGCCGAUUAUUACCAGACCUUGGCUUCGCAGUUUCGGGACACUGCGAUGUCAUCUCCUUCACGAGCUUCUCCAACAUCUGCUUCACCCGGCGGCAUCUCCACAUCCAGCCAGCAGACAGCGUCCACAGUUCCUCAAGAAGGAAUGCUGUACACACAGGAACCCUCCAAGGAAUAUCCUCACGGAUACAGACCUGCUUUCCCCAGACACUUACUAGAGCAUCGGAGCAGCCCUGGGUCUUCAUCCGGACGCUCGUCUUCCUCACGAGCGAGUCCAGAUAGCAGAGUGUCGUCUUCCAGUCCUAGAUCAUCAUCCCCUCUGGCCACGCUAGAGACUACCAGAGCAUCCCAGAGCCAAGAAAUCUCUUCACCAUCUGAACCAAAGUCGAUUGUAACUGUGGGCCGUUUUCAAGUGUCCCCCAGUAAAGAGAUUCCUGCUUCAUCCAGACACACAGAAAGUGAUAAUACACCGACUGAAACUCCACCCGUCUUCCCUCCAGACAAUCACAUCAGGUCACCGGACCAAAACCUCUCCGCUCUUCCUUCCUGCGAGGCUCCGCGUGAUUUAUUGAGUUCUGCUGAUCAGCCCGAGACGGAGAACAAUCAGAAAGAAGACCAAGAGGGACAGAUUGAUGAGCAAGAGCAGGAUGUUGUUGUUGAUGAUGAUGAACAUGAUGAAGAGACCCCUGUGGAUAAGAAGUACAGGAGGAAGAAGGGACGCAGAGCGGAUUGCAGCCCGGCUCUCAUGGGAACGUCGGUGGACAGUGGGUUUUCUGUGGCCAUGGAUAUAGACCGAAGGAUGUGGGACGGUAACACGGGCAGCCCUCCGUAUGCCACGCCCCUCCACAACCUCUGGAUGAGUCACACGCGCAGCUCCUCCUACCUGAGCAGCGACGAAUCAGAGAGCGAGGAUGAAGAGAUGUGGGGGGAGCUACAGGAGCUGAGGGAGAAGCAUCUGUGUGAGGUUCAGUCUCUGCAGGCGGUGCAGAAGCAGGAGAUAGAGGAACUGUACGCCAGAUUGGGGAAGGUUCCUCCCCCUUGUAUCGUAUCUCCAGCCGCAAUGCUCUCCAGCCGCCAACGCCGUCUGUCUAAAGGAGGAAACUUUCCGUCGUCUCGCAGAAACAGCCUCCAGAGAGUCGACAUUCUGCCUUUAACAGGGAUCAUGAGGAAAAAUUCUCUGAGCGGGAACAGUAGCAGCAGUUCCCAGGAAGGUUCACGGCCGACUAAAGGAGUGACUUUCGCCCCUGACUUUUCUAGAAUGUAAGAAUCCUUUAGCACGGUGCACUGGCGGGACUACGUACAUCAGACUACCUCAUCCAGUCAUGACUGCUCUCACACACACCAGCCACCGAGAAACAGACACCAUCCAGUCAUAUCCUCAGCCUGAACUGGACCGAUUGGGAUUGUAAUAUAUAAUGUAGUUUCCUAAACAUAAUAUGCUGUGUGAAUCCAGCGCAGAAAGUCUGCUUAAUUCUGUGAAGAGCCAAUGGUUUGGCGGGACUCUGCUGUUUUGUGAUGCUGUGACGUUCUCUCUGAAGGCUCAGCACUGAGUUUGACUGUCGACUGUCUCUUUGCACUUUCUGAAAACCGCCUGGACCUGCUGAACGGGCAAACAUCUGAAUCAACAGUCCACUACUGGACCCCAGAUGUCCUGCUGUUUCUGUUCUACUGCCUGUGUUUGCGCUGUAGACACAUCAAAUCAUCACGCAAUAAUCAGCAUGAACUCUGUAGAUCCAGUCCAGAAAUAUUUCUGCUAUUACCUGAUAGGGUCGCUUUUAUAGCCUAAAUGUGAAUAAAAUAAACAAUGAUAAAUAAAAAAAUGGAUUUAGGGAGGGAUAAACACACAUGCAUAUAUAUAAUUUUUUAUUUUAUUUUUUUGCAUUGAUUAUGCCAGC